CCGAUUUCAGUUUACUCCGGAACUUCGUAGCGCGUGGAACCCGCGUCGCUCUCUUCUCCGUCGCGCCAACAGGUGCCUGCGUAGUGCUAUCGAACCUUAGGAUUUACUCGACUUGUGUUCUAUUCCAAGUGCCCAAAAGUAUCGAACCUUAGGAUUUACUCGACUUGUGCUCUAUUCCAAGUGCCCGAAAGUACAAAACAGUGCCUUUUUUCGUUUUGUGUUCUGUGAAUCGUGCCCAGGAUUAUCGAGUGUUGUGUUUGCGGUUUCUUUCCGAGGAAGGAACCGGUGUGCAAAAUAUUUUGUUGAUCGUGCUCUCUCGCUUGUUUUUUUGGCGGAUUGGAGGUGAAUUUUGGAUAACUUUGAAAACAGGAGCGGCGUCGGGAUCGCGACGUGGAUGCGGCCCUCGCUAGGGUGAAGCUGCCUGGGCUGGCGCGCGCGAGUGGCCCGGGGCCGGGGCGAGGGCGCGCUGCGAUGGAGGGCCAGGACGAGCUGCGGACCCUGCCGUCCCUCCUCCGGGAGCUCGUCGUCUCGGUGGAGCUGGCCUUCGAGCGGGUCGCCGACGAGGAGCUCCGCCAGGGCUUCGACAGGGACGAGCCGGACUUCCGGCACGGCCACCCGCGGAUCCAGAAAAGGGACUCGGCCAUGCAGACCGGGCCCUGCUUCGACGAGGACGACUCCAUACCCCACAUCGACAGCGACGACAAUGAGCCCAACCACGGGCAAACCGAGCCGGCUCGGAAGACGAGCGCCGAGGACGGGCGAAGAGUGAAACCAGAAGCCGAGACCGAGGUCCAGACCAACGGCGACCAAGAACCCCCGGCACAAGUCAAAAGCGUCCAGGAUAUUUUGCUCACGUCCGGCGUCUAUCUACCCGGCACUCGAGACUUGAGCAACCGACCGAUAAUAGUCUACGACGCCUCUUUAGUGGCCAAGUCUUCCCUGGACCAGUCAGAAAUCGCCAACGUCUUCUUCCACUACGCCACACUUCCUACAAGGCGCAGGAGCGACAGCAGCGCCGCGGCGGCGGACCCCGGCUUCACUCUCAUCGUCCUCUCGGGCACCUCCGGCGACUCCACUCUAGAUCUUCUCGAUAAGUCCCUCACAUUAGUCACGCCUCGGCUCAAAUUCGACACUGUUUUAGUUUGGAGAAACACUGGUCGACUGGUCACUGAGGCCCACCGUCAGAGAUUGAGAAGAGACUAUAAUGUUCUGCCAUGCAGCAAAGUUCAGUAUCAACUAGUUAGUGAUCUGCAAAAUUUGCACUGUUACUUGCCACCGCAAAGCGUUCCCUCCGAAUGCGGAGGACCCGUCAACCACGACCAACUUGAAUGGGUCGAAUUUUUCAAGGAAUGCGAACCUUUCAUCAACUCUUGCCACCUCUGCGGGAAGAAGCUCGUCACGGUGUUGCGCGACGUGGGCACCAAUGACGACGCGUUGAGCCGCGGGGACCUCUACUGGGAGUUCCGCGGGAUAUCGCACCUCCUCUCGGAACCGGAGCUCAUCAAACUCUGUCGCCACGGGCCCAAAACCCUCGCCCAAAUCAAAGAGAGAUCCGAGUGGCUUCCCGACAGCGAACACGUUAAAGAGCGGACAGAAACAGCCUCUCGGUUGUUUUCGGAGAUCAGAGAAGCGACAGCUCGGCUUCAGGAACUACACGAUAAACGGCGAGAAAAACUACGCGAACUAGCGCACCUCAAGAGUUUAGCCGAUGAGACGUCACAAGUCCUUUCUUGGCUUCGACAUAAAGGAGAAACUUCCCUCAAGAGGCAUUCUUCCCUCGCUAACAACCUCCCCGGCAUCAAACAACAGGAGCAAGAUUUCGAGAAAUUCUACUUCAUUUCAAUGCGUCACUUGGACAAAGCUGGGGAUCUGUUGGAAGAGGCUGGGCUAUGCGGGACGCACGGCUACGGAUUGAAGGAACUGGCGAGAUCACUUAAACAACAUCUCCGCGGAUUCACCGACAGACUCGAGGAUACAAGGGAGAGACUCGAGGACACGUCCAGAUGUUUCGACCUCGUCGACCGGGCAUGGGAAUGGGCUUUGGAUGCGAUGAAGUAUCUAUCGCGGGUGCGACCAGACGAGGCGCCCAACUGCGAGCAGACGAUGAAGCAACUGCAACAGUACCUCAUGGCCCACCCACCACCCACCCCACAACAUUUCGAGGAGAUGAUUCACCUCGCCACCAAACUUGGAACCGACAAAAUCAUCGAUCAAUGCAAGGUCGCGCAGAGCCGUUGCGAGGAAACGCUAGCCCAGAUCCAGGCCUGCAUUGGUGAGAACCGAGACUGGAACUCAACACCGCGACCAGCCAGGCGCUGCUCUUUGCCCGCCACAGCACCCACUGGUUUCAACACGAGUAGUUCGUGUGCAUGCUGGGACUCUGGGGGUGGGGCAGAAGGAGCUCUGAGCCACAUUCAAGAGGAGUCCUGUUUCUGCCCUCAACGCACACCACUUCAUCGUUCAUGUACCUGGCAGUAUCCGACAGAGAACUUCGAUGAGGAGGACAAGAGCUCCGCUGGAGACAACACCACCGAAAGCGGCGAGAGCGGUACCAAGAGUAAUGAAGAUGUAGAAGAUAAUUGUGAAAACCCUUGCGACACAAGGCCUGUGCCGCCUGUAUCUGUAAAUAGUCACUUGCACUGCUCUGCCAGUUCGUUAGAAAUUAAUGCUGAAGGUUGUGGUGUCCAAACUUUGAAAGCACAAAAGACUUUAAAACUUAUCCUACGGGAGAUGAUAACAACCGAACGUGAUUAUGUCAAAUCACUUGAAUAUGUUAUUGAGAACUACAUCUCAGAAUUAGUGAGAGAAGAUAUUCCACAAGCAUUGAGAGGUCAACGGAAUGUAAUCUUUGGCAAUAUAGAAAAGAUUUAUGAAUUCCACAGUCAACAUUUCCUGCAAGAGUUGGAAAAGUGUGAACACUUCCCGCUCCAAGUUGGUCAGGUCUUCUUACGACAUGAGAAGAAAUUUUACCUCUAUGCACUGUACAAUAAAAAUAAACCUAAGUCUGACUCACUCAUGUCUGAGUAUGGUACCAAAUUUUUCAAGGCGAAACAAUUGGAAUUGAAAGAUUCAAUGGACCUAGGAAGUUAUCUGCUGAAGCCUGUUCAACGAAUGGGAAAAUACGCCCUACUCCUCCAACAGUUAAUGAAAGCUUCCCGGACGGACAUACCAGACAUUCGUGAAGCCGAAACCAUGGUCAGAUUCCAGCUGCGCCACGGAAAUGACCUCCUUGCCAUGGACUCCCUUAGAGAUUGUGACGUUAAUUUAAAAGAACAAGGACGUCUGUUGAGGCAGAAUGAGUUCUUGGUUUGGCAAGGCAAAGGAAAAAGCAAAAAGUGUCUGCGGCAAGUAUUCCUUUUUGAAGAACUGAUUUUGUUCAGCAAAGCUAGAAGAUUCCCAGAUAGAAAGAAUCUUGACCUGUAUAUCUACAAACACAGCAUCAAAAUGAGCGACAUCGGUCUAACUGCAAAGGUUGGAGAUAGCGACACAAAAUUCGAGAUUUGGUUCAGGAAACGCAAGCCAAACGACACUUUCACGUUACAAUCUAUGUCAAACGACAUCAAACAGGCGUGGACAGAAGAACUCUCAAGUCUACUUUGGAAGCAAGCAAUGAGGAACAGAGAAAUCCGAUUAGCUGAGAUGAUCUCAAUGGGAAUUGGAAACAAGCCGUGUUUGGAUAUCCGCCCAAGUGCUGAUCAGAUCAAUGACCGUUCGAUAAGCAUAGCACAACUUAAUAAAACACCGAGGUUUCGAAAUUCAAUUGCAUUGACGUCACCAACUGAACACAUCCGGAAGCGGCCGCACUCAAUCAUAUCAAUGUCAAGCAGCAGUAGCAGUAGUUGCAGCGGCGGAGGUGGUGAUGCCCGCCAAACAAGCCAAUGCUCAUCAGCAGAGAGCGGCAUCGUGACCGAUUGGUCGAAUAGUUCCGUAGCUUCGGAGUCAAAUUCCUCCUCUCACCACAUGUCAGUCAAGCUCUGAUACACCACCAAAUUAGGAAAUUGUUAAGACAAUGGACUUGUUCUUUCAUUCCAGAGUUCUGUUGGGUGAAAGCUUACUUGAAAAUGUGUGUCGUUUACGAUGAUUUAAUAAACACCCAAGUGUGAGGAAUGUAAGACCUCCUCAGAGGUGAGUCCUCUAUGCCACUGAUCUUUCAGCUGGGUACCUUCCUAAAGGUUGUUCUCUCGUUUAGACUUUUCCAAAAGUAAUUCUGGUUUUUGAGUGAGUCAGCGCAUUUAAUAAAAACAAUUGGUUGGUUUUUAUAUCAGUGAGAUAUUAUUAUUCUGAAUCUUGAAAACUUCAUUCGGUAUGACACGAAGCUUUUGUAAAUGAUACCUAAAUUAGUUUGUAUAGGAUCUUUGUCAUCAGAUUAGUAUGAUUAAAUUCAAGGAUUCUCUACCACAAACUCCUUUAAAUAGAGACCUCUUUCAUGGGUGAUCCCUUUUCAUUGAGGUGACAGCAUUUAUUCUACAGAUUUUUGCUGUUUCGGCUAAUCAAAUGCGAACAUUACCAAGUUCUUAAAUUAUUAUUUUCUCUUGAGACAAAUGCAGUGUAAAGGGAAUUUGGUUUGUCUACCUUUUGCCAACUUUGCAACAUUAACUGCAACUCUUGAGUCUCAAAUUGUAAACUUUAUUUCAACCCUGGUAACGUCUUUAGAUUUUACCAUACUGUCCACUCAUUGUCAUGUAAUUUGAGUUUCUUGCUUCCUGUACCUACAAUGUGUGUAACGUGUAGUGUAUUUUUACCGCAUAUUUUGGAGGACUAUCUCGUAGUAACGAGAUGGUCCUCCAAAAUCUUCAUACUUUUGGUAUUAGGUCCUUCUGACUUUAUCAGACUAAUUCAGUGGCAACGUCACUUUUGCAACGUACUGCAUAGGUAAUUGAUUCAACCAUUGGUUCAAACCAAAACCAUAGCACAUAUCUUCAUUAUCAAAAUCUGCAUCAGUUAAUAUAUAAGCGUGACGUAGCCACUUAAUUGGUCUAUACACAUCAUUUGGGAAGACAUUUCAUUCUGGAAGCCUGGAAGCAAGUCUCAAGGUUUUGCAGCUUUUGUAAUGACAAACCACAGAUAACUUCCCAUCAGCUACUCUUUUUUUAUUGUUAGUUCGUUUUUUUUUUAUUACUCGAUCAGACGGUUUAUCUACUGUAAAAUUGUAAAAAAACUCAAUAAUAUUUAUUCAGAUAUACCUAUAUGAUAUGAUUCUAUAUUUUCAAACUUAAAUUUAUUUUUGAUCCGUUUUCAAUGUAGUUUAAAAACGGUGUCAAUUAUGUGUCAUAACAUUAAUGAUAGUCUUAUCUCUAAGUCUCCCAAAGUGUAAAUAAUAGCAUUUUGCUAUAACUACUUUCGUGUUACAUUUUUUCUUUAUUUUUAUCUUUAGUACCUUUAUAAACUAAUCACUUUUUUAUAUGUUAUGUAGAAGUACUUUGCAUGAAUUUGAAGAUGCCAGAGUGAUCAGUUGUUUAUAUUUUUCUAUUAGUUUGUUUUGUGUUCAUUUUUGCUUUUUUUUACUUUAUUUUUUCUUUAUUUUUAUUUCGCUCCUCAAGCUUACAUGCAAAAGUCCUGGCAACAAUUGCCAAAAGUACAUAUACCUGUAUACGCAUGUUUUCUUUUAGACAACUCAUACAGAAUUUUAGCCUCAAAUGACUCACUUCAUUUUGACAUUUUACCUUUAAAUUUUUAAUUUCAAAUAGAUUGAUUAAGUUUCCACUGUCUUGGUUCCUUUGAAAAGUUUGAUAAUUGGGUCAAUUGAGCUAAUCAUGGAAUCAUGUUUUAAUGGUUUCAGCUCAUCGCUUAGAAUAAAUUAAUACGGACUGUCAAAACCCCAAAUUUCUGCGUCCAGUAUUAACAGAGAUAUUGUUCAUUGAGGAACAAGCCGUGCAACGUCAUCCACUAAGGUAGUGCAUACCAUGGUUUCUUCCACCCCGAUUUCAUCAGUCAGUGAUGUACUCGCAAAUACUCACCCAAGGUAAAACACGGAUGAAACUCAGGAUAAAGGAACCAUGGUUUGUGCUGUCUCUGUUAUAUUCGGAUCUAGAAACUUGACGUUUGAACAGAUCUGAUAAUUUUUUACUGCUAAGCUUAAGCCAUUGGUUCAUGAUUCAGUGACCAGUGCAACUGACCCACUAUCUAAAUAUUUCCAUAAAAAUCAAACAAGUCUUGAUUUUUUUAUUUUUUAUUUUUAUUAUAAUCGUAUAUACUUUUAUUAGUGUUUUCUGUAUUAGUCCAGAAUUCUCGAAUGAAAAGUUAAUCCGGGCACGUUUCAGCCAUCAAUUUUGAGUGCCUUUUAGCUCGGUAUUUGACCCGAGUCCUUUGCCCUUAAUUAAACAUUGCUUGAAAAUUAUAUCAGAAGUUGAUAUAAUAUUCAAUGCUUUGAAGUAUAAUCAAAAUAUGCCUUAUUGUUGGGAAAAAAAUUAUGUCUGUAAGUCUUUUUCAAAAUCUUAUAGAAAUUGGUAUUUCUUGUUGGUAGAGGAAAUUCAUAGUUUUUGAAUUCUUCAAAGCCUUUCAUAGCUCCAUAAUAUCUCUCGCACUAUUUCUUGCUCUGUUGAACUCUCUUUUGAACAUUUAUCGGAUUAAAGCAUUUUUAAAAUACCCAAGUGUUGCACCUGGCUCUUGCCCUAUUUUCAAAAAGCAACAUAUAACUUUGAUCUUGCUGCAGGCUAUAUUUGUCAGUUAAUUUUUUAUGUUACCGGAACCGCAAAAAAGGUUUUUUGGAAAUUCAAAAACUAAUUUUCAACCCUCCAUGCAACGAAAACUGUGUGUGAUUUAUCAGCCAUAGAUGUUUCACUUUGUACAGUUUUUUUUUUUUUUUUUACAGAGAGUAGCAAGCUCUACUCAAAAACAAAAUGAGGAAUGAUUUACCAAAACAGAGUAUACCAAGUUAAAAUACAAGGAACAUAAUACUUACAUAAUUUCUCUUAGAACAGGAAUUUUUGUUAUUGGUCGCCUGUGCUACUCUUGCCUGCACAGGCCGACCUCAUGGGUACAAAUCAUAGAACAGUUUCUGUUGUUCACGCUUCAUGUGCCUGUAAUCCAAAAUGAUGCUUACAAUUUUGAGCUAAACCAAAGUCUGAUAGUUAAGAGAAAAUUUGAACAAUUUUAUUUUAAUGUACCUUUAAAUUACUUGAUGUAUUUGAUAUUCAUAUAUUUUGAAUCAAUAAAAUUAAAUCAACAAA